AGCCGUUAAAAGUGGAGUAAUAAGAUAUUUUUUUUGUAAAGACGGGUGGAAGAUAUAAUAGUGAGCCGUUACACACACGCACACACACGUCACAGUCACACACACACGUCAACACUCACUCAACAGGAUCAGGUUCAGGAGCAGGCGAGGUUGAACCAUGCCGAAGCGCGCAGAGCCCAGGUGGACAGCCCCUGAGGGGGUGGAGAAGCCCAGACUGCAUCUUUACAACUCUUUGACGCGGCGGAAGGAGCUGUUUGUGCCGCAGAGCCAUGUGGUCACCUGGUACAGCUGUGGGCCCACUGUGUAUGAUGAAUCCCACAUGGGCCAUGCAAGGUCAUAUGUGAGCUUUGACAUCCUGCGCCGUGUUCUCCAGGAUUACUUUGGCUACCCAGUGCAUUAUAUCAUGAACAUCACAGACAUUGAUGACAAGAUUAUCAAGCGAACCCGUACAAAGUUCCUGGUCCAGCAGUACCGCAACUCACAGUUACCAUGGGACCAAGUGUAUGAGGACCUUGCCAAGGCCCUGGAGCACCACAACCAGGCCAUGGCAGCCACCACAGACCCCGACAAACGCAAAAUGAUGGUGACUGAAGUUGCGAAGGUCAAAGCAGCAGCUGAUGCAGUGAAGACAGCCCCUGAAGGAGAGGCUGUAGGGCAACAGGAGAAGCUGCUGGCCUGUGCUGAGGGGGUGCUGGGCGAGUGGCUUGACAUGCAGAAGGGGAAGGAGGUCACCGACAACUCAAUCUUUGCUGCGCUGCCCCGACACUACGAGGAGGAGUUCAACAAGGACAUGGAGGCCCUCAAUGUGAUGGUGGCGGACGUGGUGACGAGGGUUUCAGAGUACCUGCCGCAGAUUGUUGACUAUGUGUCCAGAAUCAUCGCCAACGGCUAUGCUUACGAGGCCAACGGCUCCGUUUACUUUGACGUGGGAAAGUUUGAUGCUGAACCCAACCACUACUACGCCAAGUUGGUGCCUGAAGCGUAUGGUAACCAGGCGGCACUGGAGGAGGGGGAGGGAGCCCUGUCCUUAGCAACGGCCCAGGAGAAGCGCAGCCCUAAUGACUUUGCACUGUGGAAGGCCUCAAAGCCUGGCGAGCCUGCCUGGCCAUCACCCUGGGGCCCCGGACGUCCUGGCUGGCACAUAGAGUGCUCCGCCAUGGCCUCUGAUGUGCUUGGGGAGUCCCUUGACAUUCACACAGGCGGUGUGGACCUCAAGUUUCCCCACCACGACAAUGAGUUGGCACAAGCGGAGGCGUACUACAACAAUGACAACUGGGUGCGGUACUUCCUCCACACUGGCCACCUCCACAUUGAUGGCUGCAAGAUGAGCAAGAGCCUAAAGAACUUCAUCACCAUCAAGCAGGCGCUGGCCGAACACUCUCCGGCUCUGUUGCGGAUAUGCUUCCUCCUCCACUCCUGGAAGGACACACUGGACUACAGCAGCAACACGAUGGAGGGCUCGCGGCAGUACUACAAGAUGGUGACGGAGUUCAGCCUCAACGUGCAGGACUUGGUGCGUCGAGUGGGCCUGUCUAGCGACCAGUGGACGGGACCGGAGGCGGCUCUGCAGGAGGCCUUCAAUGCUGCCAGGGUGGGUGUGCACAAGGCUCUGUGUGACAACGUUGACACCAGGACGACUCUGGACACCAUGCGGGACCUGCUGACGGAGGCCAACAAGUACAUGAACAGCCACACACAGGUGAACUCCCAGCUGCUGGUGAACAUCAACAGUUACGUCAUGAAGAUGCUGAACAUGUUUGGUGUGCCUCUCGGGGACAAGACUGCCACGGGUGAUCAGGGGCAGGAGAAGGUGGUGGGCGUGGCAGAGGUGGUGGGCAACAUUCGGGAACAGCUGCGUCAGUGGUCGAGGGACAAGGAGCUGGAGGUGGGUGAGCUGAGGAGUCGUCUGCUGGGUCUGUGUGAUUCUAUAAGGGACGAGCUGCUGCCACCACUUGGGAUCAGGCUGGAGGACCGGGAGGCAGGAGCCCCGAGCAUCAAGGUGGUGGAUGCAGGGGAGCUGAUGGCAGAAAUCAAGUCCAAGAAAGAGCAGGAAGAGGCCAAGAGACAGGAGAAGGCCAAGAAGAAGGCAGAGCAGGCAGCAAAACAGCAGAAGCAGGAGUCAGCAGCCCCACCCAAGGACCCCAAGGAGAUGUUCCGCACCUCAGAGUAUUCACAGUGGGAUGCCGUCGGUCUUCCCACCCAUGACGCCGAGGGGAAGGAGAUCACCAAGAGCCAAAGCAAGAAGCUGGUCAAGCAAAUGGACGCGCAGAAGAAGAAGUUUGAAAAGUGGCAACAACAACAGCAGCAAUCAUAGUGUCCUGUAGUUUCCAUUCCCUGUCCCUCCAGUUCUCCGUCUCCAUUCUAUAUUAUUCUUUCUUCGUCUUCAUUCUAAGGGCCGCUAUCGCAGUCACUUCAUUUGUUUUGAUCGUUACCAAUGGCGGCGAUCGACGGUAUAGUUUUCCACGUGACCUGACCUAUGGGGUAGUGGCGCCUGCAGAGGAAGCGAGAGGUGUUGAGAGUCUGUGGCAAGGUGCUCGGCUAGGCUAACCCCGCAGCCGCCUCUACCCCAUCAGCCAGUUUUAUAUGGCAAUACUAUAGUGGCGAUAACAGCCAUUGGUAACGAUCAAAACAACCAAAACGACUGUGAAAGCGACCCUAAGUUCUCCUCCACUCCUUUCUACUACCUACUGCCAUUUUCUCUUCCUUUUUCUGUUAAUUUUUCUCAGUUUUAAUAUGCAAUACCAAUGAUUCCUAUCUAUUUAUUCUGUUCCCUCAUCUUUAUUCAUAAUUAUUGUUAGUUUUAAUUGUCUUCAAGUUCGUAUGUUUAUUUAUGAAGUCUCCUUUUGGUCUCCUUAGUUCAAUUCACAAGCUUUACUUAGUCAUUUACAGUCCAACACAGUGUCUUCGUGACAGCCCGAACCAAACUAUAGAAUCCCAUACAAUCCAAAACGGUGAGGUCUUCGAUGCCACACUAAAUACACAAGACUUUUCCUGUAAUGUUUCAUCAAAUUUGUGAACUUAAAUAUAAACACCAGACACUAUACAAGGAAAUUUAGAAGGCUCUGGUAUUGGUUUGGGAGCUUACUAACCCGUCAUGGGGAACUGUGAAACUGGCCCUUAGUUUCCCUUUGGGCUCCCCAGGUGUUGAUCAGGUCACCUUGAUGCUGUUACUGUUCCACCCAGGCGCCUCUGGUCUUCAGUUCCUGAUUUCUGCUCACAUUAUUUUGAUGCUUUGCACUUUCCUUCGUUUUCAACUUUAAUAAUUCUGAUAUCUGUUCUGUUUUUUUUUUACUCAGGCAAAAAUGCACUCAUUGUCAUUUUUAAUUAACUGAACAUUUAUCAAAGGGAAAAACUUAGUAAAUAAGCUUUGAUUUUCAUUUCCUGGUCCAUAGUAAAAAUACAGUGCUUCUAUUCGGACAUCCUAUAUUCAACCAGUCAGAUGGCAGCAACCUUUCCGAGGAAAAAGGGCACAUCUACAGGCAAGUGCAUUUUUGCCGUGAUAAAAAAUUGUUUCUUUUUCUGUCUUCCAUCUCUACAUGUUUGUUUUUCAUUUGCCUUGUUGGUCUUGAGAUGUGCACUGCGUAACUCUCCAAUUGCACCAGUGUGUCAUCACCUUUCUUACUUAGACUUUAGACCCCAGGAUUUUUCUCACUUUUCUUUUUCCCUCAAGUUAAAUUUUCUCUCUCUCUCUCUCUCUCUCUCUCUCUCUCUCUCUCUCUCUCUCUCUCACACACACACACACACACACACACACACAGAGCUUCCUCUUGAGCGAUAACCUCAAACAAUCUCGGUGGUGGUGAGAUCUGUGAUUCGUCCGUAUUUUUUAAUACAACACAGUGUCCAGA